CGCCGCCGCCGCCGCCGGCCCGCCGUCGCCCGCCACCAUGGGGCUCCUGCCCAAGCCGGGCGCGCGCCAGGGCAGCGACGCCUCCUCGGACCGAGCCCGCCGCUGUCCCCGCUCUAUCUUCAGCAACAUUAAGGUGUUCGUGCUCUGCCAUGGCCUCCUGCAGCUCUGCCAGCUCCUGUACAGCGCCUACUUCAAGAGCAGCCUCACCACCAUCGAGAAGCGCUUUGGCCUCUCCAGUUCUUCUUCGGGGCUCAUUUCCAGCUUGAAUGAGAUCAGCAACGCCAUCCUCAUCAUCUUCGUCAGCUACUUUGGCAGCCGGGUGCACCGUCCGCGGCUGAUUGGCAUUGGGGGUCUCCUCCUAGCUUUGGGUGCCUUUGUCCUCACCCUCCCGCACUUCCUCUCAGAGCCCUACCAGUACACCUUGACCACCGUCGGGAACAGCAGCCACCUCCAGGCCGAGCUCUGCCAGAGGACCCAGCAGGACCUGCCCCACAGUAAAUGCCACAGCCCCAACCGGGACCCCCGGAAGGAGACCAGCAGCAUGUGGGGGCUCAUGGUGUUUGCCCAGCUGCUGGCAGGCAUCGGGACAGUGCCCAUUCAGCCGUUUGGGAUCUCCUACGUGGACGACUUCUCGGAGCCCAACAACUCGCCCCUGUACAUCUCCAUCUUAUUUGCCAUCUCCGUGUUUGGACCGGCUUUUGGGUACCUGCUGGGCUCUGUCAUGCUGCGGAUCUUUGUGGACUACGGCAGGGUGGACACAGUUAAUUUGAGCCCUGGAGACCCCCGAUGGAUUGGAGCCUGGUGGCUGGGCCUGCUCAUUUCCUCAGCCCUCUUGGUUCUCACGUCUUUCCCCUUCUUUUUCUUUCCUCGAACAAUGGCCAGAGGAGUGGAGAGGUCUCCUGCCAUAGUGAACGGGGCAAGGAAGAUGGAGGAGGUCAAGCCAAGAGGCUCCCUGAUGGAUUUCAUUAAACGGUUUCCCCGCAUCUUUCUGAAGCUCCUGAUGAACCCGCUCUUCAUGCUGACAGUCCUGGCCCAGUGCACCUUCUCCUCCGUCAUUGCUGGCCUCUCCACCUUCCUCAACAAGUUCCUGGAGAAGCAGUAUGGUGCCUCCGCGGCCUAUGCCAACUUCCUCAUCGGUGCCGUAAACCUCCCCGCUGCGGCCCUGGGGAUGCUGUUUGGAGGAAUCCUCAUGAAGCGUUUCGUUUUCUCUCUGCAAACCAUUCCCCGCGUGGCUGCCACCAUCAUCACCAUCUCCAUGAUCCUCUGUGCCCCUCUCUUCUUCAUGGGAUGCUCCACCCCGCCUGUAGCAGAGGUCUACCCCCCUAGCACAUCAAGUUCUAUACCGCCACAGCCCCCCGCCUGCCACAGGGACUGCUGGUGCCCGGACACCAUCUUCCACCCAGUCUGUGGGGACAAUGGAGUGGAGUACCGCUCCCCGUGCCACGCUGGCUGCAAGAACAUCAGUAUCGGCCCUGCAGCCUCCAAGACCUAUCUGAACUGCAGCUGCGUGACGGGGACCGGGAGAUCCGCUUCAGCAAAGACGGGAUCGUGCCCCAUCCCCUGCGCCCACUACCUGCUCCCGACCAUCUUCCUCAUCUCCUUCGUGGCCCUCAUAGCCUGCAUCUCCCACAACCCCCUCUACAUGAUGGUCCUGCGUGUGGUGAACCAGGAUGAAAAGUCCUUUGCCAUUGGGGUACAGUUCUUGCUGAUGCGCCUGCUGGCCUGGCUGCCAUCUCCAGCCCUCUACGGCCUUGCCAUCGACUCUUCCUGCAUCCGGUGGAACUUGCAGUGCUCAGGCAGGCGAGGGGCCUGUGCCUACUACGACAAUGACGCUCUCAGAGACAGGUACCUGGGCAUGCAGGUGGGCUACAAGGCGCUGGGCGCGCUGCUGCUCUUCUUCAUCAGCUGGCGAGUGAAGAAGAACAAGGAGUACAAUGUGCAGGAAAAGUCUGAGGGCCUCAUCUGACCCUUGACCCUUGGCCAGGCCACCGCCCUGCUCCAGAGAGUAGACCCUGUCCCUCCACUCCUGCUGUAUUUACUAUUGUUAACACGUCAUUCCCUUUUGUUUUUUAAAUAAGAAAGAAAACCCCAGUCACCAUUUGCCUUCCCUGCCUCCGCCUCCCAAAAGCCCCCUCAGGUCCUUAGGGCCGCUCCGCACCUGGGCUGGGCGGGCACAGAGCUGGAGGGCCAGGGCUUCCCUGGCUCCUUCAGAUGCUCAGGCUCUCCUCAGUGCUGAGUGCUCCAGUGAGGAUGCCCACUGAGGCGGCCCCUGCCCCUCACCAGUCCUGUAGGUGGUUUCCUCAGGGGAGACAGAAAAGGGGGCAUCUGCCCAGAGGAAGAAGGGAGUGAGAGGGCUUAUUAAUGGCCAGAGCCAGGCUAAGGGAAGGGGAGCCUGACUAUAGUCCCCUUUGCGUCUGGGUUCAGCAUCAGCACAGAACCCAAGAGGCGGUGGCUCCUUGCCCUGCAGCUCCUCGCUUCCUACCCCCGGAGGCCACUUUUGAAGCUGCCAUGUUGGGAAGUAUGACCAGCUGGUCUUCUCUCAAUUACCCACUCUCAGGCACCAGAGAAAGGACUAAGAUACCCCAAGGGUGGGUCAUCCAAAUGCUGUUCACAUUAACUCUAGACCCUUCUAUACAUGGGUCUGUGCAUGUUUCUCUCUCUUUCUUGGGGUACGUUUCAAACUAAGAAAGCCACAGCAUAGUGAAGACCUGAGGGAGGCUGUGAAAUGGUCAUGAUGCUACCCUCCCACCCCCACAAUGUGGGGACAAGACCCCUCAUCACAGAGUGAUGGGAAGACCCUCCCCAAGUUUCCCUGGGAGCAGAGGAGGCAGCUUCACACGGACUUCUCUGUCUGGACAUCAGCUUGUAUGCCGUGGAAUAAACAGAGGCAGUCCAGGAUGUCAGCAAAACGAAUGAUGAAGCAAAGGGAAUGUCAAAUGCUGCCAUGCUGGAUGGCAAGCUGCAGCCCACAGAACAGAGGCCGGUGAGGCUGACUUUCCUGGCUUCAAACCCACCUGUGUUCAUUAACAUUUUCUCAGCCUCUACUCACUGCCUCUAGAGAGGUGGGCGCUCUCUGUGGGACUGGGUGGAGGGACCCUGCUGCCGUGUGGUAGACAGCCAACAAAAGAAGCCUUUCAUCAACAAAUCUUAUAUUUAUUGGAGACCAACUUUGUACAAGGCAGUGCUAGUACCUGGUUCUCCACUGAGCUUCCCUGAGAUCUCCCCUCCCCUCCCUCGAUCGACACCACGGCCUCCUCCCAGAGUGUGCUCAGUGGGCAGCGGGGGGAGGCACAGCAAGAAGACUGUCAACAGGAUCUUGACCAUCCAUGCCCCACCAGACUGACCCUGCACUUGGCCCUUUGCGAGAGAGAGUUGACUCACCAUGUCCUCCGGGGCAGCUGGGUGUUGGUCACUGCCACACGUGGAUCUCUUGAAUGCCACUCCUUGGAAGACCCCUCCCAAAGCAUACCAGAAACCACCUCCAGAAAGGCCUCAUAUGGUGGUAAACCAAAAAAUUUAUGUCAACGGCCAAACUGCCAUGAGACUGAAGUCUUUGUGAAAGCCACUGUUACAGACAGCCUUAUUUCCAAAGCCACCAGGCUUAUUUCCAAAGAUCUCACUCAGGAAGCACAGCUCCAUGCAACCUCAGGGGCCAGUUUCAGCAUUUAAAGUGGUCCUGCUUAGAAAAUGAUUCCCACAGCUAACCCUGGUCCUUCUUGCUGCAAUUUAACCAAAUUCUGAAGGCUCUGCCUUCAACUGAGCUUACGAAUGGUGAAUGCCAAUCUUGAGAUUCUGGAAGAUUGAUUGCCCUCCGAAGCCUUUAUUCUAUUAUGAUAUUGCUAUUAAUAUAUUAUAAUUUUGCUAUUGA